CCUGUUUUCCAGCGAUGACGGCUUCCUGCCGCUGGGCGUGAGAGGCACUCGGCCGCCCUCACACACACACGCAGCGGGGUGUGCCGAAGGAGAGACGCCUCAUCUAGCUCUCGCUGCCCGGCGUGCCGCCGACCCGCCCGCGGGACUCACACUGUUUGGUCCUUUCUUUUUUUGACGUGCGGAUGUCGCAGGUGGACUCAGGUGGGAAAUGAAAAACGCCAUGGAGGGUUCGGUGGGACCGGAUGCGAAGGCGAACGGACCCAUCGCGGCGCCCAGCAGCCCCGUGCGCUCCACCGUAGGGCCGCCUCUGGCGCCGCAAGUUGAGCCCCAGUCGUCCAUGACCGACGUCACCCAGAUGUGGAUUAAGUUCGGCAAGACCUUUGCCCUCAUCCUGCCGAUCUACAUCCUGGGGUACUUUGAGUUCAGCUUCAGCUGGGUCCUGGUCGGGCUCGCCGCGCUGUGCUACUGGAAGAGGAACCACGGCGGCAAGGACUACCGGAUAAACCGGGCCAUGGCGUUCCUGGAGCACGAGGACAAGACGGCGACGCAGAGCCUGGCCACGUCGGAGCUGCCGCCGUGGGUCCACUAUCCAGAUGUGGAGAGAGUGGAGUGGCUGAACAAGACGGUGAAGCAGAUGUGGCCGUUCAUCUGCCAGUUCGUGGACAAACUGUUCAGAGAGACCAUCGAGCCGGCGGUGAAGGGCGCCAACCCCCACCUGGCCUCCUUCUGCUUCACCAAGAUCGACAUGGGCGACAAGCCACUGCGAGUGGACGGGGUGAAGGUGUACACGGAGAACGUGGACAAGAGGCAGAUCAUCAUGGACCUGCAGAUUAGUUUUGUCGGGAACACGGAGAUCGACGUGCACAUCAAGAAAUACUACUGCAGAGCUGGAAUCCAAAGUAUACAGCUGCAUGGGAUGGUGCGAGUGGUGAUGGAGCCUCUGCUGGGGGACAUGCCUCUGAUCGGAGCCCUUUCAGUCUUCUUCCUCAAGAAACCGUUGCUGGACAUCAACUGGACGGGUCUCACCCACCAUGCUGUACAUCCCGCUGGAGUCAAUGGUUUGUUUGACAACGUCAUCCAGGACAUCAUCGCCAGCCAGAUGGUUCUCCCAAACCGCAUCUCCAUCCCUCUGGUCCAGGAGAGCCAGCUGGCCCAGCUCCGCUUCCCCAUUCCCAAGGGCAUCCUGAGGAUCCACUUCAUGGAGGCCCAGGACCUUCUGGGCAAAGACAAGUUCCUGGGGGGGCUGAUCAAAGGCAAGUCGGACCCCUACGGCUUCGUGAGGAUCGGGACGCAGGUGUUCCAGAGCAAGGUCAUCCACGAGAACUUGAACCCCAAGUGGAACGAGGUGUAUGAGGCCUUUAUAUACGAUUACACGACACACAAUCUGGAGAUCGAGCUGUUCGAUGAAGACACCGAUAAAGACGACUUCCUGGGAAGCCUGACCAUCGACUUGGCCGAGGUCCAGAAGGAACGGAAGGUCGACGAGUGGUUCGUGAUCGAGAACGUGGACACCGGGAAGCUGCACCUCAAACUGGAGUGGUUAUCUCUGCUGCCCACCCCGGAGAAGCUGGACCAGGCUCUCGCAAGCAUCAAAGCCGAGCGCGGUCAGGCCAACGACGGCCUGUCGGCGGCGGUGCUCGUCGUCUUCCUGGAUUCAGCCAAAAACCUGCCACGCAAUCCGUUAGAGUUCAACCAGGCAGGUCUGAGGAAGGCCUCGCUCAGUAAGGCCAUCAAGUCCGGUAAGAAGGUGACCAGCAGUCCCAGUCCCUUCGUCCAGUUCACAGUGGGACACAAGCCCCUCGAGAGCAAGAUCAGAUACAAGACCAACGAGCCGGUGUGGGAGGAGGCCUUCACCUUCCUCAUCCACAACCCCAAAACACAGGAGCUGCAGGUGGAGGUGAAGGACAAGAAGCACGAUUGUUCUUUGGGGACGUUGACGUUUCCUCUGAGCCGCCUGCUGGAGGCGGAGGACAUGACGCUGAACCAGCGCUUCCCCCUGAGGAACUCCGGACCCAACUGCACCCUCCAGAUGAAGAUGGCUCUGCGGGUGCUGUGCUUGGACAAGAGCCCUUCCUCCGGCUCAAACCCCGCCCCCUCCUCCGCGCAGGUGGGCAAGAACAGCUCGGCCAGCCGAAACCCGCGGCCCUCCGUGUCGCCCGAGUCCUUCGUGCCUCCGGCCUCCUCCUCCUCCUCCCCCCCCACCCCCAGCUCGUCCUCCAUGUCGGCUCAGGACCUGCUGAACCGCCGCAGGGAGUCCGAAGAGCCCUUCAGGUCCCCGGGAGGUAUGGACAUGGGACCAGGAGGAGGAGGCCGGGGCCUGGCCGACACCGGGCGUAGCACCUCCAACCUGGCCAUCUCCGGCUCCCAGCAGCACCUGGCCGGGGGCAAGGAGCCGACGCCGAGCAUCGCCUCGGACAUCUCCUACCCGUACGCCGCUCAGGAGCUGCAGCAGAGGCUCCAGCAGCUGCAGAAUGGCUCAGGCCCCAGUCACUACCCUCUGGGUGAAAUCCAGCUGACGGUCCGACUCGCCUCCCAGAGGAACAAACUCGUUGUGGUCGUCCACUCUUGCAGGAACCUGAUCGCGUUCACGGACCACGGCUCGGACCCGUACGUCCGCCUCUACCUGCUGCCUGACAAGCGGCGGUCGGGCCGGAGGAAAACUCACACCAUCAAGAAGACCCUGAACCCGGUGUACGACCAGACGUUUGAGUUCAACGUUUCCCUGGUGGAGCUCCACAGGAGGACUCUGGACGUGGCGGUGAAGAACGGCGGGGGUCUGCUCUCCAAACACAAGGGCCUCCUGGGGAAGGUCCUGGUGGAUCUGACCCACGAGGAGUCCAAUAAGUCCUUGACUCAGUGGUACGAGCUGAGCGAAGACGGCCUGACGAAGUCUCACCAACUAUAGAUGCUCUUCACACCACCACCACCACCAUCAUCAUCACUACCAUCAUAUCUCUUCCACCUGUGUGUGUGUGUGUGUGUGUGUGUACACUAAAGGAAACUGAAGCAGCUUUGACAUUCAUCUAAUCACAUCAGUCGCAAGGCAAACCUCCCCUUUAAGAAGUGAAAGGCUGAUAGACUAAAGGGAGUCUAGAGUAAUAUAUAUUUACAUAUAUAUAUAUAUAUAUAUAUAUCACACGCUUUACCGCUGUGGAAAUCUAUGUUCCAUAUUUUUAGGAGAAUCUAAAACCGCUGUAGAGGAAGACAAUCUAUUUUCUUUGUUACGUAGAAAGCGACGAUGUGAAGGUUUGUAAAUAUUAACGUGAUCGAGGACACAAGGGGGAGAAGAGAGGAGCAGUCGCUUAUUUGGCCAAACGAUUGUUAUUUUAUGAUGUUUGAUUUGUUCUUUUUUGUCUUUUUUUUAAAUGGACUGAGGGUCUGAAGCGCAGCACCAAAGAGACAAGAAGUAUUUCAUUUUUAAUUUUAUUUCUUUGGUAACGCGGCUUCACUCUGUUUUUGUUCCACUGUAAUAACAUGUGUAAUAACAAAGUUAGAUAAACAAAUAUUAAUGUUUGUUUUGGAUCUUAAUACGCCAACAACGAGGCCGUCGUUAAUGUAACCCGUUUGCUUUUUAAGAUGAAUAUUUGCACAUCUGUGUUUUAUUUUUUAUUUUAUUAUUCUGUUGGGGAUCAUUGUAACUUAGUUGCAAUUUAAACAUUACCUAAAUUCCUUGUUGAAAUGUAUUUUUAAAAAUAGUUAAUUGUAUAAAACUGUAUUUAAUAUCAUCAGACCUUUUAUAAUUUGAUUUAUCUUAAGCCACUAUGUGUAGAAACAUAAUAAUCUGUUGCGCCCCCCAGUGGUGUUUUUACAAAAAAGGACACGUAACAACAAAAAUAAUAAGGAUAAUGUUAAUUAUUAACAUUUUCGAGUCAUACUCGCCUCAUGUUCUCUGCAGGUUUCCCUUAAUCUCAACACUUCCUGCUUAUGUUAUUUCACAUUAAACGACUUUCCACUCUUUUCCCUUUUUAAUGUGAAAGGAAACAGGAAGGUGCAGUAAGCCAGGACAGUAUUGGUGAAAUAAAUAAAAUUACUGUAUUCAAACAGGAUUAAUUCAUCCCACUUUUCACUUUGGUUUUUACAAACAACAAAUUGACACAUUUGAAGAAAAAAUGAAAAAUUUAAAAGAAAUUGAUUAAUAUUGAUUAAUAUUUCAACAAAAAUCACUUUUUGGUCUAAAAGGCCCUUAGUUUGUUUUUAUAUCACGAUGGUUUUGUUUACGAAUCAACUAUAGUGUCUUAACACCUCAUCAAGUGUCUUGUUUAUUCUUCCAACUUGUGUUGAAAAUGACGGAUUCCUUUUUCUUUCGUAUUUUAUGUACAAAUGGAGUUCUUUUCUCACUCACAUGACAUCAGUAACAGCAUAUACUUAUUAUUAUACACAUACACUUUAUAUAUAAAUGCUUCAGCCAAAGAGCAGAGGAGGCCGGUGUGACCUUUGACCUCCUAAAAAGACUGUUUUGCCUCUUGUUUUACACAGAGAAAGUAUUUCGCACACACGUCUGUAAGCUGUUUUUAACGGUGUCUCGUUUGGUGUUUUAUUUUGUAGGAAUCAAUUGGUUGGAUUCAGUACAUAUGAGAGCUUGUGUCCUUGCGAAGGGCCUUUUUUUCAUUCUUUUUUAUAUUUUACUCUUCCGUCUUCUUAAUUUAUCUCGUGCCUUAAGAUUCACGCGACCCGGAGAUGUUCACCGGUGAGAAGAGAACCCGGACAUAAGGUCACCGGUGUCCCCGACGUCCCAGGAUGUCUCCCAAAUGUCUUUUAAACAAAAUAAAGAGCUUUACAGCAGCAUGACGCCGUA